AUGAAGGUCUUCAUUCUCGCCUGCCUGGUGGCUCUUACUCUUGCUAGAGAGAAUGAGGAAGUUUUUGUAUCCACUGAGUUUGUAGAAAAUUUUUCUAGCAAUGAGCAAAAACUUGAGAAUGUUGAACAUCAAGAACAGCAAAGAAAGGAGGAAUGCCAGGAUAAAACCCACCCUGUUUUCCAGUCACAGCUUCUAGUCAAUCCUUAUGUUGUGCCCAUGCCUUACACUGUCCUUUCACAAAACAUUCUGCCUCUUGGUCAAAGUGCUGUGAGGCUGUCCUUCCCUCAGUCUCAAGCAAUGGAAUUCCCUGAAGUUGAAGAAAUCCUCUUUCCUAAACACCAAGUUAUGUCCUUCCUCAACUCUCCAGUUAAGCCACUUUUGGAUCCCCAGAGCCUGAAUCUCACUGAUACUGAAAAUCAGCACCUUCCUCUGUCUCUGCUCCAACUGUUAAGGAACCAGAUUCCCCAGCCUCUUAUUCAGACUCCAGUGUUUCCUCCUCUUUCCCUGCUGUCUGUUCUUCAGCCUAAACUCCUGCCAAUUCCCCAACAAGUGGCAGCAUACCCCCAGAGACUUAGGACUCUCCAAAACUUUCUACUGUACCGAGGUCUACUUGACCAAGCCCGGGAGUUGUAUCCAGUGACUCAAUCACUUGCUCCAGAGUAUAAACCUAUUGUUGUAAGUUCAGUUUCACUUACUUUGCUGUUUCACUCAUGA